AUGCAGCAGUAUUUGUUGACUGUUCCGAUUCAACUAGGUUGCGGAGUCUCUCUUGAAGACCUCGAACUCUGUCCUCAGUUCUGCAGAGCUUUCUCCACCUGUAGGUCAACCAGAGGCCAAACCUCCAUAGACCAGGAUAUAGGAACCCCACACGUAGGGGUAGGUUUCAGCAUGUUCUUUAAUUUUCCGAUACUGCCCUUCUAUUUUAUCUCCCCACCCAAAAACAGUAGUCCUAGUUUCUUCCUGGCUGGCCUCCUGAGAACAUCAUCUCCUUUUGUCUUGGCCGCAAUUGCUUGCCCCAUCUCUCACUGA